AUGGGCUACCCCCCUAAAGACAACUAUGAGGGACGCAUGUACCCGCUGGAUUGGAUCAGCAAGUGGCUGGUGGUGCUGGACGCUGCAGCCCAUGCACCCACUCACAGCCUGGACCUCUCAAAGCAAAAGCCCGACUUUGUGCCCCUCAGUUUCUACAAGCUCUUUGGACUUCCGACCGGCGCAGGCGCUCUGGUGGUGCGCCGCGAGGCAGCGGCGGUGCUGCACAUCGAGUAUUUUGGUGGUGGCAGCGUUUUGGACGCCACUGCGGAAGGUUGCUGGCGCAUGCUGAUGCCUGUCCCUGAGGGCCUGGAGGCAGGCACCAUGCCGUUCCUCGACAUCAUCAGCCUCAAGUACGGCUUUGACCUCUUCAAGACCAUGGGGGGCAUGCAGGUGCGUGGCUAA